AUGAGCAAGAUGAUUCAUGUAAAAAAUAUAAUAACAAGUAUAUUAGUAAUUGUGAUACUUUGCUUAAAUGGAAUUACAAGCAAAAAAUCAGUUGAUUUAGCCAAUUUAGUGAAAAAUAUUAUUACAUUAAAUGCAUCACCAGGGGAAACAGUCGAAUUUACAUGUCCUUAUACAAAUAAGGAACUAGAAGGAAUAAAUCAACAAGAACAAGAUAAUUUUAAUGAAAACUUAAUAUGUUUUGAAUAUAUAUCAGUAAUGAAUACUAUAUAUAGAAUACAAGAUUAUGUUCGUGGUGCGUAUAAUAUAAAAAGCAUUUCAGAAAAUAAUGUUCAUAAAUCUGAAUUUACUAUUCCACCUAUUGUUGUACAUAGUAGAAAUUUUUCUUGUUAUUGUUAUAUGGAAAAAGAAAAUAAAGUUGUUAGAAAAGUAUUAAAAGUAUAUAUUCCAAGGCGUUCAAAAAAAGCAUCAGGAUGUGAUUUUAAUUAUGACUACAGAACAUCUGCAGCUAUAACUAUAGAUGGUGCUGUAAACUAUAGAGUAAACAAAGUAUGUGAUGCAUAUACAAAAAGUGGAGAAGAUCUUGUAUUAUUAUGUCCCCUUAAUUAUAGCAUAAAACCUAACAACUGUUUUACUAAUGUAUAUGUUAAAAAUGAGGAUAUUGUUAAUAAUGAAAACGAAUUAAAUAAUCAUUAUUAUAAUAAAGUAUGGGAUGAAAAUAAUUAUAAAGUUGUUAACUCAUCAACUCUUUUUAAUAAUGAACUGAUUACACAUGGAGAUAAAUCCUCUAUAUUUACAAAGUUGCCUGUGAAUAAUGAUCAAAAAUAUUUUUCUUGUAUAUGUCAAUCAGCUGAUGGAUCAGAUGUUUUAAUGAUGAACGUUUAUAUGAACAAAGCUCAAAAUAAUAAUGAUUUUAAAUAUUCAAGAACAUUUGUAAAAAAUAAUGAAGAAGUUUCAAUUGCAUCUUACUAUAGAUCAAGUAGAACAACUAGUAAUGGUUUUGUUUUUAUUUUUAGUAAAAUAUUUAUUUUUAUUUUUUUAGUAAAUUAUUACAUUUUCUUUUAA